AUGGCGGACUUCUCGAGUUUGACCUAUGGUGAGGACUACAAGUCGCAAUUCUCCCCGCAGCUGUCGGUGAAGAAUCUGCUUGAGGUUUUGCUGCAGGAAGGCUUCGAGUUCAUGGAGGAGGGCACGUGCACCAAUGUCAAGCUGCUGGAUGGGGACACCCAAGCAGACAGCAAGAUCUCCUUUAUGGAUGUCCCAAAGAACUCGGCGGAUCCGCGGCUCUCGGAUGUGAAGCGAGGUGAGCUGGAGCGCAUCAGGAAGUGCAAGACCAGCGCGGAGGUCUUGGAGCUACAGCCAGGAGCAACUGCGUCUGCUGCGCAAAAGGCCUUCUUCAGGAAGUCUGUCUUGGUACAUCCGGACAAGAACGGGUUUCCAGGUGCCACCGAAGCGAUGAAGAUUUUGUCUUCUGCCAGAGAAGCAGCCGAGAAGGGGCGCAGCGAUCAACGGCUCGAGGUAGCCUUCGAUGUUGGCGAGGCACCAGCGGAGCUUCCGCAACUCCUCAGCUUUCGUCGGCAAACCAAGGUGGAGCAAGCGGACUUCUGGAAGCUUGACGGUCAGCUAGGCUUCCGUUCGGCCAUCACUGCCGAGACCGAAGUGGACGAUCCGAAGGCGCGCUCGUUCUUGGAGUCGGCUUGGAGGAAUGGAGAGAUGAUGGAGAAAGGGAAGCUGAAAGCUGACAAGGUUUUCAGCAUUGAGGCGGUGCGGUACAAGCAGUGGAAGGCCUAUUCCAACGGCGUCCUCCGUGUUAUGUUGAACGAGGUCAAGCAGAAGUCGUUUAACACUCGCGGGCAGUUCGGCACUUUCCCAGAGAUCACACUCACAUCCAGUGCUUUGGAUGAGGCCAUGGCACGCGAGAACGCUGCAAUGGGGAGUCUCUUUAAAGACCUGGUGGAGAGCGCGCUUUCAUUGUGCGGACGGCUCAAUGCAAGUGCGUGA